AUGGUGAGGACCGCGACCGCCCCUCUCCCUCACCCCGCGGUCACCGCGCUCCGCCCGCGCGCGCCCGCACUUGCCUACGGCCACUGCCCCUUUUGCCUCGUCCGCGCGCACGCGGCUCGCCUGAACGCCGCCGUCCCUGUCCCCGCUUCGCCGCGACGCUUGUCGAGCGCCGUCACCGCGCCCGCCGUCCACCCCGCGCGCGCUCGCCCCGCUGGAACCUCCUGCCUCGUGCGGCGCAGCCACUGCAGCCCCGCGCUCGCCUGCUCGUGCGUGGCCUCGCCCGCGCCCUUGCCCGCCGGAGCUGUGCCGCUGGCCGCGCCGUCCGCAAGCCCUGCUGCGCUCGUCGCCAGGCCGCGACCGCCGCCUCCCCGCACCGAUGCGCGUGGCCUCCCCACACACGCCGUAGUCGCCCGCAACCGCACCCCUCCGCGCCGGCUUCCUUCAUCGGAGACGGCCGGCCGGCGAGCCCCACCGUGGCCGCCGGCGCGCUAUGGCGCCCGUACCCCCCCCCCCCCCCGCUGCGGCUCGGUCCGCCCCUCGUUCGGGCGCCGCCCCAUUAACCGCCACCCGUGCGCCCGGUAA